AUGAGUCUUAUUGCGGAAUUUCUGGCCAGCAUUCGCGGGUUCAUACAGACUCAAAAUGGUGACGAACUCCGCAACUGGCUGCUCGUCGAGCCUAAUGUUGCUGCACAUUAUUAUGAGCUUGGGCAGCAGUUGAGGUCGUCGUGUCCCGCCAAUUCAGGCAAUAUUGAGAAGCUGGUCGAAAAGCAUCUACCAGAGGAGGAUGACGUACCUGAAGGAAGAGGCUCGCCAUGGCCCGGCUUCAAUUCGUUCAUGGAGGAGUACUUGAAGUAUUGGCGCGACGUAGAUUUCAACGACAUCGUUAAGCUCUAUGGUCGGCUUAGCGACCUCCUCAUAUCAUGUGCAAACGCACUUGCUAAUCCUACAUAUGGCAUCAUGCUUCUACAAACCAGCAUGUCGCUUUCAGAGGCACUCUCGAAGUUGGUUAUGAGCAUCACUAAGGAGCCUUCUCUCAUGGCCCAGAUCCAGGGCGACAUGACUGGGGAUGAAGCUGGCGAGAAGAAGUCGAUUGUGGAGCUUGCCGCCGAUAUCAUUCAGAAGAUUUUCACGUCGUGUCUCACAGAUCGAUCAAGUACGCGCUGGCAACCUCCGAAGGGGAAGAAGAUCGCUGUAUAUCUUUUCGCGAACUUGACACUGAAACUGCUGUUUGCUUGCGACAAGUCACGACUAGCGGUUCAAAUGUUCACCAACCUCUCCACAAGCGGACCAGCACUCUCACUAUACCCAGCAUCACAGCGCGUGACUUUCCUGUACUAUCUCGGCCGCUUCAACUUCGAUCAUGGCCAUUACAUGCGAGCCCACUGGUGCUUCGAAGAAGCAUACCGACAGUGCCACCCGCAAUUCCAAAAGCAUCGCCGGCAGAUUCUGAUCUACUGGAUUCCUUCGAACCUUCUCCUGGGACGUUUCCCGUCACAGCUGCUUCUUUUGCGUCCCGAAGCCGCCGGCUUCGGCGACAUCUUCAUCCCCAUUUGCGCCGCCAUCCGAACCGGCAACUUUGUCGCGUUCCACCAGGCCCUCAACGCCAGCCGAGACUGGCUCUGGGACCGCGGCCUCUACCUAACGCUCCUCUACCGCCUCAAACCGCUCGUCUGGCGCUCCUUCACCCGCAAGACAUUCCUCCUUACGUGGGAGGGUGCCCAAGGAGGCGAUCUGAACAUGAUGAGCGCCGCUAACCGCGCCGCUCCCGCCCUUUCCCUCGCCGACCUCGUGACAACCGCCACCUACGUCCAGAAGCUCCUAGAGGGCUAUGUUCCCAUUGCUACCGGCAAUGGCAUCACUCUCACCCCUCCCCCAGGCGGACAGCCAAAGCGACUGAUGCCCUCGGAGGGUUUGAUCUUCGGAAACAAGCAGCCGGAUCUCGACAGCAUGGAGUCGAUCGUCGCGGGCUUGGUCUACGCGGGCUUGCUUAAUGGGUUUAUCGCUCGCCAACAGAAGAAGUUCGCCGUCGAGGGCGCCAAGCGCAAGAAUGGAAACGCGGUGCUGGCGGGGUGGCCGUGCCCGUAUGAGAGUAUCAUGGAAAGGUUCAGGGAGGACUACGAGGAGGAGCUGGCGGCGGCGGAUGCGGGCGAGACGAAUGAGCCGCCGGGGGAUUUUGAGGAUGUGCCUGGGUGGGUUAAGAUGGGUUAA